GGUCGCAGAGCGGGAGAGCGGGAGAGCGAGAGAGCCUGUCCCAGCACCUUCCCGCAUGAUGACAAUACUCGCUGUUUAUACACGAGUCCUAAACGCCCAGACCAUAGAGGAGAGGCUGGGCGCGGCGGAGCGGUACAUGAUGGUAGAAGGUCGCAUCCCACAUGCAUCUGCGCUCAGAAUUCGCACGAGAGCAGUUCUGUGCCUGUUAUAGGUCAUGGUUUUGAGUUCAUCAUCGCAAACAGACGCACGAAGAUCAAAAACUUGAAUGAGGCUCCCCGCGCAUACAGCAAAGAUGUCUGUAGUUAUGCGAUCGUUGUUUUUGUUUAUGGAUGUCCUGUUAUUUGCUGAAUUUACCUCUAGUAUGGAAGUCGAUAUUUGUGUACCCGUUCGAAUGGAUCAACUACCUGGAAAGCAUUCCGGUCGUGGAGAGGAGAAGAUAAGUGACAAGGAAGUGGUAUUCAGAGUUAGCGCUUUCCAGCAAGAGUUUAUCCUCAGCCUCAGACAGGAUUCACAUUUCUUGGGGCCAGGCAUCGCCCCGGAAAGCGGCUCCUCAGCUCCUAACUCCUCUGAGUUGAGAAGCUGCUUCUACUCCGGUGACGUUAACGCAGACCGGGAUUCCUACGUUGCCCUCAGUCUUUGCAAAGGUCUCCAGGGCGCGUUCUCCUACCGGGGCAUGGAGUAUUUCAUUAGUGUGAAUGAGAGCGAUACUUUUUCGGAACAUUCAACCAGUUUUGAGCGAACUCACGUCAUUCGCCGGCGGGGACGCUCUGAAUCAGGUAACAGUCCCAGCAGAAAGUGUAUGGUGGGACCCGGAUCAGAAUUUAACAUCUCUGGGUCUUUGGAGAAAUACAGGCACAGGGGAGGCCCGGAGGGUGGCGGACUGUCAGAUAACGCGCCGUUGAUCCUGAGCCGGCCACGGAGGUUUGCCUCGGUCCCCAGGUUUGUGGAGGUUCUUGUGGUGGCGGAUGAGUCCAUGGCCAAGUUCCACGGUGACGACUUGAAGCAAUACCUGCUAACGCUGUUGUCGGUGGCGGCGCAGCUUUACCGUCACCCCAGCAUCCUCAACUCCAUCAACCUGGUGGUGGUGGGUUUCAUGGUCAUUAGCGAGGCGGACAAGGGUCCGAAGGUCUCCAGCAACGCAGCUCUCACGCUCAGGAACUUCUGCUCCUGGCAGAAGAAGAUAAACAAGCACAGUGACGCCCAUCCGGAGUACUGGGACACGGCCAUCCUUUUCACCAAGCAGGACCUGUGUGGGGCGUCUACCUGUGACACGCUGGGCAUGGCGGACGUGGGCACCAUGUGUGACCCCCGGAGAAGCUGCUCCGUCAUCGAGGACGACGGCCUGCCCUCCGCCUUCACCACGGCCCACGAGCUAGGGCACGUGUUCAACAUGCCGCAUGACAACGUGCGUGCAUGUGAGGAUGUGUUCGGAAGGCAGAGGGACAAUCACAUGAUGUCGCCGACGCUGGUCCAGAUCAGCCGCCACCAGCCCUGGUCGUCAUGCAGCGCCGCCAUCAUCACCGACUUCCUGGACCGCGGACAUGGUGACUGUCUGCUGGAUCAGCCUGCAAGGCACCUCUCUCUGCCAGACAGCCUGCCAGGCAGCAUCUACAGCCUGCCCCGGCAGUGUGAGUUAGCCUUCGGCGUGGCCUCCAAGCCCUGCCCCUACAUGCAGCCGUGCUCCAAGCUGUGGUGCACAGGGAAGGCGCGGGGCCAGCUGGUCUGCCAGACCAGACACUUCCCCUGGGCUGACGGGACAGGCUGUGGGGGGGACAGGGUCUGCUACCGGGGGAGCUGCACCCACAGGAACAACACAAGCCAACCCAGGGUGGAUGGGCGCUGGGGGAAGUGGGGUGGCUUCGGCCCGUGUUCUAGGACCUGUGGUGGAGGGGCCCAGCUGGCCAGGAGGGAGUGUGACAACCCAGCACCAGAACACGGGGGGAAGUUCUGUCAGGGUCUACGGGUUCGGUACCGCUCCUGCAACCUGGAGCCCUGUGCAUCACGCAAAGGGAAGACAUUCCGGGAGGAGCAGUGCGAGGCGUUCAACGGUUUCAGCCUGAACAGCAACCGGCUGAGCUCCUCCGUGGUCUGGGUGCCCAAGUACUCGGGCGUCUCACCCAAGGACAAGUGCAAGCUCAUCUGCCGGGCCAACGGCACUGGAUACUUCUACGUCCUGGCUCCUAAGGUGGUGGAUGGGACCCCCUGCUCCCCAGACACAGCUGCCCUGUGCGUCCAGGGGAGGUGUAUCAAGGCUGGCUGCGACGGCAAGCUGAGCUCCUCGAAGAAGUUUGACAAGUGUGGCGUCUGCGGGGGAGACAACCAGAGCUGCAGGAGGUUCUCCGGCAUGUUCUCUAAGCCCACACACGGCUACAACUUUGUGGCUAAGCUGCCCGUGGGCGCCACCAACAUUGACGUCCGCCAGCGCGGCUACCGGGGAUUGGUCAACGACGACAACUACCUGGCUUUGCGUGACGCGCGGGGGCGCUACCUCCUGAAUGGGAACUACGUGGUGUCGGCGGCGGAGAGAGACGUGCUGGUGCCCGGCGGCCUGCUGAGGUACAGCGGCACCUCCACCUCCGUGGAGACGCUGCGCGGCACGCGGCCGCUGCAGGAAGCACUCACCCUGGAGGUGCUGUCCGUGGGCAGGAUGACUCCUCCUCGCAUACGCUACUCCUUCUACCGGCCGGGGGAGGGGAGGAGCAAGGAGGAGCGGAGGGGGGAGGAGGAGAGGAGCCGCAACAGUGUUCUCUUGGACAGCAACCAGAGUGGGAGGAAGAGAGAGAAGGAGGGAGGGGUGGAGAGGAGGGUGGUUGGGUUUUGGGAGGCGGGGGGGUGGGAGGACUGCUCAGUGAGCUGUGGCAGUGGUGUGCAGCACAGGGCGGUGCAGUGCCAGGGCCCUGCAGGGGGGCCUGCCCCGGACUGUGACCCCCUCUUCAGACCCCCAGGCAGCAGGGUCUGUGGAGGCCCUUGCCCCCUGUGGGAGGUGGGACCUUGGUCACUUUGCUCCAAGAGCUGUGGCCGGGGCUUCAAGCGACGCCAGCUACGCUGUGUGACACAGACGAGGAUGAACUCACCCAGGGAGCACUGCUCCGGACAGAGGAAGCCUCAGGAGCUGGACCUGUGUAACCUGGGGCCCUGCUCCAGCCAGGGUAUCCUGUCAUGAACCCUGGUUCUGCCCUGGCCCUUGGACCAUGAAGCCUCCUCUGGAUCCUGAGAACCUGGGGCCUUAUCCUUGUCCCUAGGGCCCUGUCCUGGAGGGUGAGGUUGUUAGGAGAGU